GACCUGCCGCCCUCCGUGUCCGUAGCCUCCAUGGCCCGUAUCGAAGACCUACAUUUCAUCUAUGUCACUUUGACGGAGCUGGACCCCAUGAGUAAGGUCUAUAUCAUUUUGACGGAGUUAGACCCCUUGAGCAAAGUCCUCCUGUUCAUAGUGAUCGGAACCUUUACUGUCGGCCUCCUCGUACUCAACAAACUCUGCAAGUACGUGGACAAAAAGUUGCAUGCGAUCUUGACAGCAAUCGAUGAGUUUGGAGCCAUGAUGACUCACGAAGCUGAAGAGACGAGGACACAAAACGCAGGACUGGCAACCCAGCGACAACUGCCCGAUGUCAUGACAGCUCAGGCCUUCAAGUCAUCUUUGACAGCCAUGCAGUCAGCGAUCGAGCAAGACAACAAGACGCAGGCCAAUAGCAUGGUGGAGAGCUUGAUGAACUCAUUGCCGGCCUUUGUGGGAAAGAUGCUGAACUCAGAAACGAACAAGAAUUUAGUGCAUGGUAAUUUGGUGCAAGGAGUUCAGCAUGCACUACAAGGACCGCAUGACGAGCACACCAUGCUGUACCAGCUGCGCAAGUUGUACCUGGCCUUGCAACCCACCAAACUACUUAGCCAACAAGCGCAGACUACCCAAAGCUCCCUUGAUGAGCUGCAGGGGAGUCUACAACAGUGGAUGCAAGGCGAGAUCAUCGUGAAGCUCGACGCCAUCAUCGACAUCCUCUCCAAGAUCCAGGUAGAGCUCACCACCCUCAGCGACAGCGCCGGACCUGACUUCACGCAAAAAGUUGUGUCAUUGCUCGAACAACUACAUGAGAGGCAUGAACAAGCCAAAGACCAACGCAUGGAAUUGGGCGGGCAGCAACAUGCACUCAUGAACCACGUGAAGCAGGCUUGCAGCAUGGGGAGUAACACCCUCAGCCAACUACAAGGAGUGUCCAACACCCAGUGGACACACGGCGAUAUGAUCCACUCUCUGGAAGAAGCAGUACGGGAGAACGCAGAGAAGCUGAAGCGCCAGACUGAAGUGAACGCGAAACUCCAAACGCAGAUGGAAAAGAUCCUGACGAAGCUUUCGCCGAGCAUGCCAGCGAAGGCACCGCCCUCUGCUCCGCCUUCAAGCUCGACGACUCCAGCUACGACGGGACCGGAUGCCAACGCUCCAUCGACAGCAGGGACUACACCACAGAACCAACCACCGCCCCCUGCACCCCCAGUGAGCGUGCCGCAGACCCUAGGACCAGGAGCUGAGUCACCGGUCAUACGUAUCAGUGAACAAAUGGGACAACGCCAACCGCUACAGCUGUUUGAGAGCCUGACCAUCCCACAAGCACAGCGGUGGCCGGUCAGUUUUCCCACAGGAGACCCACGGGCGCAACAAGCCCUGGCGUAUCUCCUCGGUCUAGGCGGUAUGUACACGCCGCAAUGA